AUGAAUACCUAUCGCACAGGCUCUGAUACACCUCGAAACCCAACAUUUUGUCUCUGUUGGUUUUGGUUCGAUCAUACAGUUCUGGCUGUAAACUUGUAUCUCGCCAUGAUCUCAAGUAUUCAACGACACAUUCUCGUUUUCCAUUCGCAUUGGUUACGUUUUCAUCGAUUACGAUGGAUUCUACAUUACAUUCCAUUGAUAUUCGGAGUGGUUUAUCCGUCAUGCUUCUACCUUGUAGUCAUAUAUUUGUACCCCUGUGAAAUAUCAUAUGAUGAGACAAGUCAGUAUUGCUUGUAUCCAUGUUAUUUGGACAAUGCAUUAAUAUACAAUUUGGAUUGGUUCCUUCACAUUGUCAUUCCGGUACUGACGAAUGGUUUAGUGAAUUUUGCACUAAUUGUACGCGUAAUGCGCUUAAUGAAAAAGACACGUCGACAACAGGUAGACACUUGGAAGAAGCAGAAAAGAUUAACGUUUAAUCUAUUGGUUUAUUCAUUAUUAUAUUUUCUUCUUUGGUUGCCAGCCACAGUUAUGACUAUAAUACAAAGUUAUACUAAUGAAACUUUAUUGCAAAUUCUUCCUAAUCUGUAUUAUUUGUACUGUCUCUACAUAUUCAUUUGUCCAUUACAACCAUUCAUGUGUUUACUUGCCUUACCUGAACUGAUUCAGAGUAUCAAGCAAAGGCACAGAGCCCGUCGAGCAAUUGCACCCGCACUACCUUUUACAGUGGCAAGGACCGUCUGCAAUCGAAAACUAUUUUCUGAUUUUUUAUUAUUAUAG